GGAAAUUUGAGAGGAUAAGAACAACCUUGUUUUUUCUUUGUCUUCUCAUCCCCUCUCUCCCUCUCUCUCUCUCUCUCUCUCGGUCUCUCCUUCCUCUCAAAUUUCGAUUCUUUUUCUGCUCUCAUCAGGAGCGAGCAAAGUCGCGGUUUUUAGCGGUUGGACUCUUUUUUUUUUAAACCAGAGGAAUCAUGGACGGCGGCGGAGGAAUGGAAGAGGGACGGUGGCCGGCGUGGCUACGGCCGCUGCUGUCGACGGGCUUCUUCGUUCAAUGCAAGCUGCACGCCGACUCUCACAAGAGCGAGUGUAAUAUGUACUGCCUUGAUUGCAUGAAUGGCGCUCUCUGCUCUGUAUGCCUUGCUCAACACCGUGGCCACCGUGCAAUCCAGAUAAGGAGGUCGUCCUACCAUGAUGUGAUCAGGGUCUCUGAGAUCCAAAAGGUAUUGGACAUCACUGGCGUGCAGACGUACAUCAUCAAUAGCGCCCGCGUCGUCUUCCUCAACGAACGCCCCCAGCCGAGGCCCGGCAAGGGCGUCACCAACACCUGCGAGGUCUGCGAGCGAAGCCUCCUCGACUCCUUCCGCUUCUGCUCCCUCGGCUGCAAGAUCGCCGGCACCGCCUCCGAUUAUUAUAUCAACAAAAAGAAGAAAAAGAUGCUGAAGCUGAAGAAGAAGAAGUUAACCGCGCAAUCCGACUCGGAGGAGGAGUCGUACACGAGCAGUAGCCGAGGCAGCGAAAAGAGCAAUGUGACUCAUAGCUUCACGCCGUCGACUCCUCCGCCGACCUCCGCCAGUUUCCGCAGCGCCAAGAGGAGAAAAGGCAUUCCCCACAGAGCCCCAUUUGGAAGCCUAAUAAUGGAAUUUUAGGCCAUUUACUAUACCCAAUAAGAUCAGUCAAAUAACGCCACUCUCAAUAAAAGUCCUAGCAGAUGAAGAACCCUGUAAUCUUAGUCGAUAAAUGUAGCUAUAAUCAUCUGUAUUGUAAAGGCUUGACGUUAUACGCAAGAAUUAGGUGGGAGUUUUGUGAUAAAUCGAUAGAUAGACAGAUAGAUAGAUAGGUUGAUAGACAAGGUUGUAGACUAUAAUAACUCAGUGUACAUACUUUCCGAAGAAGAGCUUGUUUGGUGCAUGCAUGAAGUAUAAACCAUGAAGGUUGCAGUGACAAAAUGCUCCUCGUUUCAGUUUUA